AUGGGACACAUGACUGCCGUAGCAAACACUCCAACUUCACUCAAUACUGACAAUGACAUUGAAUCAGCUGAUUUCACCACCGAGAUGACCUUAGCACAUGAUACUUCGGUAUCAGGAGGGUUGAGGGUCUCAAACGGUGAGUCAGCUGUUAAAUGUCACCAGCGUACUCAAUCAGUAUACUAUAUGCCACAUCACGGAGUGUUACGUCCCGACAGUGUCAGCACCAAACUCAGAGUCGUCUUCGACGGCUCGUGUGUCACCACAUUAGGAAAAUCACUCAACGAUUUCCUGCACAUCGGAGCAAAAAUUCAACUUGAUAUCACCGACGUACUUCUAUACGUCCGACAACACCAAUACAUCGUCUCGACAGACAUUGAAAAAAUGUUCCGGCAAAUCAACGUACACCCAGACGACUGGGACUUGCAACGCAUUCUUUGGUUCAAUAAUAAUAAAGAGAUUACGCCAUAUCAUCUCACCACAGUCACCUACGGCACGAGAUCAGCACCGUUCCUUGCCGUCCGAGUCCUUCAACAACUCCUGGAGGACGAAGGAAAAAAUUAUCCACUCGCAGUACCUGCACUCAAGUACGGCAGAUAUGUCGACGAUAUUUUCGGCGGAGCUGAUAACACUUCUGAGCUAAAAGCAAUCGCCAAUCAAUUAAAACAAAUCUGCACGGCGGGCGGUUUCCCACUCGCCAAGUGGCAAUCAAACAGCGAAGAAGUACUCAAUUUCAUUUCGCCAGCUGGAGCAUGUGAUGAACCGCACCAGCUUGGAGACUGCACGAGCAAACUGCUAGGAUUGUAUUGGCACGCAAAGUCGGACAAUCUUAGAUUCAUCAUGAAAAGCCACUCGGACAAUCAAAACAAGUCCUCCAAACGAACAAUCUUAUCUGAGGUGGCUCAGAUCUUCGAUCCACUGGGAUUUUUAUCACCGCUCACAAUCAAGGCAAAGAUGCUGCUGCAGGAAUUGUGGUUGCAAAAAAUUGGUUGGGAUCACCACGUCCCGUCGAAAGUAUUGCAAUCAUGGCAAUCGCUGCAACUCGAACUUCAACAAAUCGACACACUCAACAUUCCACGCUGGAUUAACACUUCAAAGGCCACGAAUUGUGAAUUCCACGGGUUUUGCGACGCAUCUCAGCUCGCAAUGGCAGCAGCAAUCUACGUCACUGUCCACUCAGCAUCCGGAGAGAAACUCACGACACUCCUUUGCGCAAAGACAAAAGUAGCACCACUCAAACGACUCACUAUCCCGCGACUAGAACUAUCAGCAGCGCUGCUACUAUCGAAAUUAAUAACUUACGUCAAAGCCACUCUACAAGUUGACGCACAAUCAACCACUCUCUGGACUGACUCAUUAGUCACACUCACGUGGAUUCGAUCACAUGCGUCACGCUGGAAGGAUUACGUACGGAACCGAGUUGUCAACAUCCAAUAA